AUGGCGGGUGCGGGAGCGGGCGCGGAGCCGCUGGAGCUGACGGGCGAGGAGGUGGAGCGGCUGCGGGCCGCGUUCCGCGACGAGCGGUUCCGCGCGCUGCUGGCCGAGUACGCGGCGGAGCUGUCGGACCCGGCGGCGCGGCGGCGCUACGAGGAGGAGGUGACGGCGCUGGAGCGCGAGCGCGGCGUGGACGUGCGCUUCGUGCACCCGGAGCCGGGCUACGUGCUGCGCACCAGCCAGGACGGCGCCGGCCGCUGCUACCUCAACGUGUGCAGCAGCCCGCUGCUGGGCCGGCCGCAGGUGCACGCCGAGCCGGGCGGGCAGCGCUGGGCCCUGCCGCACUGCGUGGCGCCGGGCCGCGAGCACCUGGGCCGCGCCGGCCGCUUCCUGCUCUACGACGUGGUCUUCCACCCCGACGCGCUGCGCCUGGCGGCCCGCAGCGCCCGCUUCCGCCGCCUGCUCAGCGACACGGCGCUGGACGCGGUGCAGGCCCGCUUCGGCCUGCGGCUCGACCGCAACAACGCGCGCCCGCUGCGCCGCCGCGCCUACAAGGGCGUCCCGCAGCCCGCCGUGCUCCGCACGCCGCUGCCCGGCGCGCCCCCAACGCCGCCCGCCGGCCCGCUGCCGCCCUUCCCCUACCCCUGCCCGCCGCCCGACACAGCCCCCCCUCCGCCGCCGCCUCCUCCUCCGCCGCCGCCUCCGCCCGGCCCCACCGAGCCGCGCUGGACGCUGCGGCACCGCACGCACGUGGAUCUGCAGGACUACCGCCUGGCGCGGGACGCGGCGCCCGGCCCCGUGCCGCACGAGCUCGUGCUGGCCGUGGAGCUGCCGCUGCUGCGCUCCGCCGCCAGCGCCGCCCUCGACGUGUGCGGCCGCGACCUGCGCCUCGACUCGGCGCGGCCCGCCUACCGCCUGCGCCUGCGCCUGCCCUACGCCGUGGACCAGGCCCGCGCCCGCGCCACCUUCGACACGGCCGCGCGCCGCCUGCUCGUCACCCUGCCCGUGCUGCGCCGCCCCGCCGCUGCCCCGGAGCCAGCCCAGAGCGGUGAGGGUCCUGCCGGAGCCCCCAGCGACAGCACACCCGUACGCACCGCUGCCCCGGGCCCAGCUGGGAGCCGCGAGGGCCCUGCCGGGGACCCCAGCAGCAGCAUAGCUGCAUUUACCUCUGCCACCAGUGCCUCAGAGCCAACUGAGAGCCGCGAGGGCCCUGCCGGGGACCCCAGCGACAGCACAGUCACAGCCGCCUCUGCCAGCGGGGCCUUGGAGCUAGCCGAGAGCAGCGAGGGCCCUGCCAGAGCCCCCAGCAGCAGCACAGGGACAGCCACGUGUCCCCACAGCAGUGGCCUGGCCCCUGCCAGAGCCCCCAGUAACACCACAGCUACAACCACCUGUGCCAGCAGUGCCCCAGAGCCAGCUGAGAGCCGCGAGGGCCCUGCCAGAGCCCCCAGCAGCAGUGCAGCCACAACUGCCUCUGCCAGCAGUGCUUUGGAGCCAGACGAGAGCAGUGAGGGUCCUGCCACAGACCCCAGCGACAGCACAGCCAUAUCCACCUGUGACAGCAGUGCCUUGGAGCCAGCUGAGAGCCGUGAGGGCCCUGCUGGAGACCCCAGCAGCAGCACAGCCGUAUCCACCUGUGCCAGCAGUGCCCCGGGCCCAGCUGAGAGUAGCGAGGGCCCUGCCAGAGACCCCAGUGACAGCACAGGGGCAACCGUGUGUCUCCACAGCAGCACCGAGCACCACAGCAGCGGCCCGGCCCCUGCCGGAGCCCCCAGUAACAGCACAGCUACAACCACCUGUGCCAGCAGUGCCCAGCCUGCUGUACCCACCAAGUGCCCCUUCAGCAGCUCGGUCUCUGCUGGAGCCCCCAGUGACAGCUCAGAUAUAUCCACUUGUGCCAGCAGCGCCCUGGGCCUGGCUGGGCCCGCUGUGCACCCCUGCAGCAGCAGCAAGGGCCCUCCUGGAUCCCCCAGCAGGAGCACGGAUCGUCUUGCCUGUCCCAGUGCUGUGCCCAGCCAGUGCCCCUGCAGCGGCCCAGUCCCUGCUGCAUCCCCUAGCAAGCCCAGCACCAGCCUAGACCUAUCAGUGCCUGCUGAGUGCCCCUGUAGCAGCUCAGCUUCUGUAUCCUCCAGCGACAGUGCAGCUCUAACCACCUGCUCCAGCACUGACCUCGUGUGCCCCAGCAGUAGCCGACCUGCUGUGGUCUCUAGCGAUAGCCUGAGUGUUCCUGCCUGUCCCAGCAACAACACAGAGCGUGCGGUGCCCACCGAGCACCACAGCAGCAUAGAUCUCCCUCUGUGCCCCAGUAGUGCCCAGGCUGCUGCCGCCUCCCCAAACAACAGCUCAGAUCUUCCUGCUUGUCCCAGCAGCAGCCUGGACUCUGCUACACCCUCUGAGUGGUGCUGCAGCCACGUGGAUCUCCCUGUGAACUCCAGCAGCUGCCCUAGCUCUCCCAUGGCCACCAGCAGCAUGACCCCUCCUGUGUGUCCCCCCUUCCAGUGUACCCAAGAUGAAGAAUCCCUCACUUUGCUCGUGCAGGUACCAGGCAUCCAGCCGCAGAGUGUCAACGGGGAGGUUGGCACAAACCACUACAGACUCAGCUUCUCCACCAAGGACACUGCUUCCUACUCCUUCUUCCUGCAGUUUCCUUUUGAAAACAAGUUGACUGCCCCUGAGACUGGUGUUAAUGUGUCCCCCAAUAACGCUGUCAUAGGGCUGGCCAAGUCUCCUGAGAGCACUGGACUUUGGAAGAAGCUGUCCUUUGGCUUAAAUAGCCACACUUUGCAGGAAAGGUGGUUUGUCAGUGAAGAAAACGUUGAUGAAUUUCUGGGCAGCAUCUUAAGCUCUUCAUUUUCCAAACAGUCAGCACUAGAAACCCAGCCCUUAAUUGAAAUACUUAAUGUUACUGAGGACAACAGUCAAAUCAGAUUAAAGCCACAGGCAGUCGCUCAUUCUGAACUCGGUGGAAAAGAGCAAACUGUUAACAAUACAGGGGAAGAGCCAGUUGAGAGAGGGAAUGGAAACUGCCUCCAAACAAAGACAGAAACUAACCGGGCUGCAGCUGACACACACACAAAAGAACACGCUACAGAAACAGACUCUGCUUCUGGACCUUCACGGGCAGCAGCUGAAACAAUGGCAAAAGCAGGUUGUAGUUCAAGCCAUUAUUUGCAACAGGACUCUGCUGAGAUGAGUGUAGCGAUUCCUGUGAAAGCGCAGAGACACAAACCAGAGCUGGCACUUACUUUGUCCACAGAGCAGUGCACCGCAUCCUUAGACCAUGCAAAGCAGGAAUCUCUUCCUUUGGAGAAAGAGACAAAUAUCAGAGAGAAAGAAGCAGUCACUGGUUCAGAACCAGGAGCUGAGAGCCAGCAUAAUCCAGACCACAGACCUGCUUCUCCAGUGAUAAAGGAAAUUAACACACAGGAUGGGAGCAUGCAAAUCAUUCGGGAUCACACAACUCGCUGUGCAGUUGUUUUUCAGAACUCUGCGUUAUAUGAAUUAGACUAAUUUGUUUCAGUUAAGAGGUUUUCUGUCGCGUCUAUAACACCAGCGCCCCUGCACUGUACACCAAAAAUUACCUUGAUCUGAUAUUCAGUGAGGUUCAAUCUGCUGUCAAUAAUUUUUGUAUUUGAGUGGUUUUAAACUUUGCCUGUAAUUGGUUUCUGUUCAGAUAUAGAAAUGUAAGCCAGACAAACUGUCUCUCUAGCUUACCAUCCUUCCAGGAAGCGGAGCUCAGAUCUCAAAUAGUUCAGCCAUCUAACUUGUCAUUUUGUAUCCGUUAGUACAUACACUUCACUGCUGUAAUGCCCUCCUUCUUAAUUUAUCCAGCCUACCCAUACUGUUGAAGUAAACAGCUCAUAAGCCCUCACUUCAUUGGACUAAACUGCCAACAAUUUUUAGUAAUCAAUGGGAUUUCCUCAUUAGCUGGAGAAAUUCACUUUCUAAUUAACUGGUCUCCUUACAAAAUUGUUUAUCGGGCUCGAUCCUAAAUUAGCAUUUUCCAUCAACCUGGACUAUCAAAUUACACCAACAGAACUAUUAGUUGAAGAACUUGUUCCUUUGCCAGCUCCUACCAGAUCCAGCAUUUUCCACUGUUUGCAUUUAUGCAUAUAGUCCUUAUUUUACUUACACUUAAGCAUCAAGUUCUUCUGUCUGGUUUUUUUCUACCCGUCAAAGACAAUUCCUCAAGGUUUUAAUGGCUGUACUGUUGUCUUGGAAGUCAGAGGAAGCACAGUUUAAACAGAGAGCAUUUGGAUUUUAACGAUAAACUAUCAGUUCCCUUUUCUGGUGCUUUUAAAAGAGCUGCUGCUUUCACGAAGGGGUCCUUUAGCAGUACAGGAAGAAAAUAUCUUUGAACAAAAACAGGAUCAAAUUCAUUUUACAAGUCAAAGUGUGCAGGACCCAAGAUGAAGCUGGUUACGUUAUUUUGCUAACUACAAGCACGCCUUGUGGUUGUACGUAACUCCAUGUAGGAGUACAGCAGCUUAGUGCUUGUGACAGCUCAGAAAUCUGGCAGUUAAAUUACCCAGCAGAAAAAGAAUUUAUUUUGGCAACAAAACACUGUUUUGGAAAGAAAAAAAGAGCCUAGAGAGGUGGUUUUAGAAAAAAUGUAGGGACAUUGUUCCCUCUCCACUGAGCAUAUGUAAGCAAUUUAGUCCUGUGCCAUAAAGCAGGAGGCAGACGAGAGAGAAAUUCUGUUCUCAGGUUUGUUUGGUUUUUGUUUGUUUUGCUUUAAAAAAAAAAAAAUGCAUCAGCAAAGUUUCAGCAAGCUGAUAAUCCUUUCAGACAGGGCCCUACAGUCACUGACCUCCAGUUAUCCUCAUCAGAAAAUUGAGCAAUUUAUUUAGACUUACUGUAACAUGCCCCUACAAACUCACUAGGGCUUAGAAGCAUUAAAUGAUGCUUAACCGACUCUGUCCAUCUGCUGUGCACGUUCUCCGCUGUAUGAAAAUGUUCUUAUGCAGUUCAGUGGAAUCUGUUCUGAAUCUGUUCCACAAAGAAGCUUCUUCAACCAAACUAUCAAGACUAGCUAUGCCUGACUGCUAGAAGCCUUUGAAACAGAUGUUUCAUUACCCUCAGAACAGUCUAAUAAGUCAAUGUUUCGAUUUAACAAAUGGCAUUGUUUGGUACUGUUCACAGCUUUUGGCUCUAAUUCACUAUAUUUCCAUUUUACAGCAGUGUUUUUAUUGUCCAAUUUACACGGCUGACUAACUUGAAAGCCUAAGUAUUUUGCAUCUUUGUUCUGAAGGAGGUGUACUGUCACGGGUUUGUUUCUCUAUUUUAUCUCAAUUACCAAACGCCCUUAAAUUUUUAAUGAAAUUUAAUGUACACCAUUUGAAUGGCUAAUGUUAUUUGUUCAAUUCUUUGUAUAAGAACAGAAUUUAUUUUGUCAUAGCAAGAAAAUACAACAAUAAAACUCAUUGUUUCCCAGAA